UUGCUGCAAAUUGUACGUUUUUCGUGCGUAAGUUGAAACUUUGUUUACAAUCUGUUGCCGGUGUACAUGUAUGAAAGCUCCGUAUCGAAUGUGCAUCGUCGUGUACGUAAUUGAAAAAAUGCCAUGAUAUUGUUUAAUAGUGUAAGAAGUUUCGUUAAAAUGGGUUUUCUUUUUUUCGUACAUUAUUAAUAAUUUACCUAGCGUGUUUGAUGCCGUUUAAUAUAUCGAAUUUGUUCGAAUUCUCAUCGCCUUAGCAUGGGUUGAUGGUAAAUUAUCGUUUUAAUUGUGUGCGAUGUGAAUUUAAAAGUUCAAAAGUGUUAAAUUUCUCGUUGUUAUAAUUAAUAAAUGGGUAUGUGUUCUUAAUCAUCAAUUUGUCCACAUAAUGGGGUGCGGACAAAGCCAAUUUAGUUUAAUUUAUCCGAAGAAAUUCAAAAGAAAGGAUAAUAAAAACAAGGAUGGUAAAGAAGAUGAAAGCGACGAGGAAAAUGAUGAUGAUAAAUUGGUCGGUGGACGUUUAAUUAGCAAUAAAUCGAUUCCAAAUUUGGUUGCUGCUGCGGAUAAAGAGGAGAGCAAUCUAGAUAAUUCAAAGUUACCAAUUAAUAGCUCCAGUGAAGUAUCGUCCGGUACUUCGUUGCUUGCUCAUAGGGAAAUGACUUCUAGUCAAAUCGAAUUUUUUAGGAUGUUAGACGAAAAAGUGGAAAGCGGGCCGGAUUACGACGAAACGAACGAAAAAGAAAGAUUACUCGAGUGCGCCAGAUUGAGGCAUUUACUAACCGAAUGGGAACGAGCUAAGCAGAAACGUAUGACUAGACAGCAGACGAUGGCCAAUCAAACGGUGCAAACAUCGACGUCGAGUCAGCAACCCAGAAAACAUAGAUUUUCGAUGCCGCAUUUAAACGGUGACGUUAAUAAUAAACAAUAUCAAUAUCCUCCUGUGUGUACGAUAAGACAACAUGUGCAAUAUUAUCCUAAUUCUCCGACGAAUCAAUAUACGUUAAGUAAUUCGGUCGUGAUGUACGAUCAAGUAAGGGGGCAAUAUUACACCGAGUUAGCAUGAUCGUUGCGAUCACACCUACGUAUUUUUUUCCAUUAUGAUCUCUUUUCCACAAUUCAAUGUUGUACCUACCUAUAAUACGACCCGCUGUGUAUAUAUCUACGAUUUUGUUUUCUGUUUUGUUUUGUUUUUUUUUUCGUCUCGUAUACCUAUUCGAUGGAUUGAAUUUUUAUUCUAAUUGUGUACUAUAAUUUGUGAAAUGUUUUGAACGUGUUUUAAAAAAAUAUUUUUGCAUUUAUUGAAAAAGACUGAAUUAUUUUCUGCGAAACGCUAGCCAAAGAUUUUAUACGCGUAUUGGCGGCCAUUAAGUAUUGUGAGAUUCGAAUUUAUUUGUUUUAUUUUAUUUAUUCAAUACCAACCCUUUUUUUUUCUCUCUCUCUAUCGUUUUAAAACGUUUGUCUGUUGUUUUCUUUUUCUAUAAUUUUUAGAUGAGAUUUUUUUCGUUCGUAAUUUAAUCCUGGCGGUGGUUUCGAUUUAUGUUGGAGAUGAUGUGCGAUAAAGUUACACUUUUGGACGUUGCAAUUGAAACUUGUUUAGUGUCUGCUCUCUUUCUCUUCCUCUGUCUCUCUCUCUAUGGUGUGAUAUUCGUUUAAAAUUCAAUUACGAAUGUAUGAAAUUGAAUUUACGCGUUUUGCGUGACAUGAUCUGUGAAACGUUCAUUUUGUGCAGUCUACCUACACCUACGUCUGUAUGAGAUUCGUAUAGAAAUGGCGUUUGGGCGAUGCUGGUGAAAGCGUUGUUCUCAAAAUUUCAAUUAAUUUUCGUUAUUGUUGUAGCAGUUCUUCAACCGAGCUGUGAAAUAGAUUUAAUGUACGAGUAAUUACCUAAUUACGCGAUCGGUUUCGAAAUUUCGUUGCAGGUACGUGGAUAGGAAAUAAUCAGGAGGUUCGGUUUUAAGGGUAUUUUUUGAUUAUUGUUAGGCAAUCAAGGGAUGAAAAUUACAAUUCAAUAUAUUGUAAAAUAAUCAAAAGAAAAUUUAUCCUGGCUUGUAUACUGUUAGGAUCGACAAUCAAGGACAAUCACUUUUUUUUUGUUUUUAAUGGCUUGAAAGUGGGCAGGGAUUUGGUAAAAUAACUAAGAUCAAUGCGAAACUUUCAGGUCUUGGACUUAUUCAGCUCGUUUCCUCAUCAUCUUGAAUACAUCUUCGAUUUUUUCAAAAUUUUUUCGUUCUUUGCCUAUUAACUGAAAACAAUUGUUCCUAAACAGAAAAAAAUUGACCAAAAUUUUAAUGUUUUCAUGUACCUACUUGGUAAAAUUAUACACUUUCUCCCCCUCCUCCUCCCCCCUUUUUUUUCAUCAAAAGUCAAUACAACAUUUCAUAAUAGCUGUAUUCACUCAAGGAAAAUUCAACUUACAAAAACCUUCCAGUAAAAGGUGGAAAAAAGCGAGGAAAAUGAGUUAUAAUGCAGCCCACUUGGUUUUUUUUUCAAUUUCACCAUUUAAAAAAGAGAAUAAAAAUACUCGUAUACUAUCGCGAAAACGAAUCACUUAUGUAAAGAAGCCACUCUGACGAUAUGUUUGAAAAAAAAAAAAAAAUGCGCAUGGCAAGUUUGCAAAGCUUACGAUUAUUUACAAACGUUGAAGUAAAUUUGGGAAAAUUUAAUAGCGCUCACGUUCGUGCAUCAUGUUUAAUAUAUAUGAAUUUAUUCUGUGGUAGUGAAAUUACUUUCCGUUUAACCUGAACAGUUUAGGAUAAGAGGAUAAAAGGAUAAAUCUUUUACAUAGAGUUACGAUUGCGUUACUACGUUAUGUCGCUUUUGGUUAUUACUGUUACAAAAGCAAAAAUAUUACGUCAGGGGUACGUUAGCUCGUUAUAAUUUUGGUAAAUGUGUGCUAAGUAGCCGAGCGUACCGAAAGGUAUUAACAUUAGUAAUUUAAUGCGAUAUAUUUGGGAUUACUUUACGGAUUUCUAGUCUGCAGGGAAAAAAUUACUUCGGUGUGUAGGUAUAUCUAUGCUGUAUCUAGGCGAAAUAUGGAGAAGUUACUGUAGUCGUUUCGUAGUCUAGUAGGUAAAGGUGCCUGGACCUACUCUACUUGGUAUCUUUGUUUUUCAUCUACAUAUAUGUAAGUGUUUUGGUUAAUUUAAAAAAAAAGAGUAAACUUACAUAGAAAUAUAUGUAUAGGUACCUAAUCCGUCAGUUUUUCAUAAAUUUUGUACGCUGGGUUAGGUCAAGGUCGAAAUUUCUACCUCCUAUGAGAAGGAAGGGCGUCAAAAUCCAUUAAAAUACUAAAAGAAUACCUAUAAAUUUGCAAUAAGCCUAGAAAAAUGUAAAAUUUUACUCUCAGUCUGAAGCUUGGAUGAGUCCAUACGUAGUCGUAGUCUCGAAAUUCCACUUUGACAUCAGCUGAAAGUGUAAUUCAUUAGUAUAAAGCUCUACGUAUCCUGAACCGGUAAUUUUUCCCUUCUACUUGCCUCUUCAUCAUAGAUUUUACUUCAGGACUUGCUUUAUGUUAAGAUAUCCGUUCUUCUUUGGUUAUUUCUUACAUUGGUUUUCAUUGUACACAAACCUAUGCGAAGAAAAUUAUCACCAUACGAGUUUAAAUUCAAAUAAAUUGAAUAUAAUUCUCAGAGUGCGCUCUUUUCGCUACAAUAAAAAUUAAGGAAUGGGUUCAUCGUAUUCGCAUUUGAGUCAAGUACCCAACUUAUGGUAGUUAAUUUCCGUUAUUCUUUCUUUCUUUUCGAAUUAAUUCAAUUUUCCUGAUUGGAUGAUAAAAGAAACGCGAAACUGUCCUAGCAUUUAAAAAUACGUGUGUCUGGUUAUGAAUUUAGAAUAAAAAAUAAAUCUCGUUAAUGUAACCAAACGGGUACAAUAUGAAUGAUUUUAUAAUAAAUUUUUAUGUAUUUUGCAGUUCGAAGAUUUUUUCAUUUACCAUCUGUAACAAAUUGAUACAGAUCGAAUCAAUUAAAGGUAUUAAUAUUUAUUUGCCUUUCGCGGUUCUCAUAGCACCGCUUCAUUUUGUAUUAUACAAAAGUGUAAAGAAAAAGGGUGAGAUAAUUGAAGUUUGAACAAGUAGACUGCACCAGCACGCAAAACUUGGGUUUAGUGUGACACUUUUUUUUUCUGCGAAAAAAUGUUCGAUUUUUAUUAAGUAGGUAUAAUAACACGAAUAACGCAGUCUUCUCGCGUCAAGUUUUGAUAUUACAUGUAUAAAACGUAUCUACACGUAAACGAUGGAUUAUCCAAUUUCUUCCGAUUUCGUUUUUAUUUCUUGGUUUUACGUCAAUUACGUAUAGCUUUAUUGACACAUAAAUGAUUUUCAUCGUAUAUCGCUGCAUAUCGAAUCAUUAUUUUGUUUUCAAUUGUUUUGAGUUAGGUUUUUUGUUAUUUAUUCAUUUUGUGUUUUUUUUUUGAAACAUUUUUUUAAAAUGUAUAAAUUUUAUCAAUAAUUUAUGAAUUUUUAUUUGUUGAUAUUCAGCCAUUCCAAGUAUUUUUUUUCUGUUUUUUGUGUGUGUUUUUAAGUAUUAUUUUUGAUUUUUAAUUGGGGUUUUGUGAAUUCUUCAAGCUUUGUAAUUUAUAAAAUAUGUAUGUACAUAGUGUAAAUAAAUAGAUUUUUUCGCUUAAGUAUUUAGGUACCUAAGUAACCGUAGGGUAAUAUUUUUUUAGUAUAAAGAAGUAAGUACCUUACGGAGUUGAAGUGUUGGAUUCAAUGGUGAAAUUGUAAUUGAACGUGUAGUAUUUCCUUAAGCGAAAAAAAAAAAAAAAAAAAUAGAAUUACAAUUUCAACGUGUUUGAAAAAUGAAAUAAAAUAUGUAUAAUAAUGUCGACCUUUUCCUAGCUUUUUCUUUGUAAAAAUACUGUCGCAUGAACUGGUGCUUUUUAGUGAAUCGAGUUUUCAGGAAGUCGUUGAUAUGUACUUUGUACCCAUCUAAUUUGCAUGGCUUGCUUACAAAAAAUUCAACACUUGUUGAAAUGACGAAAGAAAUACUCAUCUUGUUAUUUCACAUUAUUUUUCGAUUAGUUGACUGCAAACGUUUGAAGAUUACAAUUUUAUCAACUACCUAUUCUCGUGUUUUUCUGCAUUAAAUAUUUGUUUUCACGCAUAGACACAAUCUUUGUAAAUGCUGUAUUGCAUCUUAUUAUGUUGUUGGGUUUAGAAAACGUUUUUUAGAUAUUGAUUUUUUUUAAAUGUAAAAAACUAUCUACCUUGUUACGCUAUCAACUACAUAUUGCUGAAUUAAACCAAUUAAUUUUUAUAUUUCAAUCCACCUGCGUUGAAAAUUUUUUAAUUAUUUAUGUGAGGCUAUAAAUGUUUUACUGUACGUAACGCACAUUAUUUUGGCACAAUGUUUUUUAAACAUAUUUUACCUUUGCAAUUCGGAUGUAAUAAGAUAAAAUUAGAAAACGCAGGAGUUAGCAUUUCGUCCUGUAGUUCUCUCCGUGUAAAUAAUGAAACAGUAAACUUGUUACCAGGAAAUAAUUCUGUGAUAGAUUACUUAAACGUUCUGAAUAAAAAUUACUUUUAAUUUGCAUUCACCAUUUGAAAUGUAAUGUAAUUCUUUGUCAGAAUACACUUCUUGUAGUUUGUAGUUACCCUUUUUCUUGCCUGCAUUACCUAUCUGUCAGUUUGAUGCGUAUAAAAUUGAAAAAAUUACCUAUUUAUGUUUUGUUUUUUAAAAUAAAAAUACCUACAUGUAUAAUUAUUUAAAUGCGUAUUUUUGUGUGGUCAUUAUGUUUUAUUAUUAUUUUAUAUUUUGUUUGAUUAGGAAAAUCGAGAAUUUCAAGAAAUGGAAAUCAAUGUAUGCUUAAGAUAUCCUUUUGCGUUGUGUAAAAUGGAUUGUGUUACAAUUUUGUAUAGGAUUGAAAAUGUAAGCUAACGUGGUACCAACUUAUCUACAUCAGCUCUAAAUAAUAAUAAUUCAAUCAGUUGUGUAGUAUACGUUCGUGAGUGAAGAAAAUCUUUUAAAUUGAAAUAACUGCCAAUAAUGGUUCUCUUUUGAAUAUGGCAUUUGUUUUAUUCCUUGUAUUUCAUUUGGAGAAAUUGUUUUAUGUACCUAUUUUAUUUUAAUUUUUUUUGUAAACAUAUGAUAGCAAAUAAAUAGUUUCAUGUUGUGAA